GUCGAGGAGGAUUUGAGAAAGCCCGUAGUAGAGAUGAUCGAUCUCGUCUACAAAUCGAUCAGCAUAAACGAUGCUCGGCGAUCGAUGGAGCUCAAUGCAAGCUUGUGGCGCCUGAGCUGGGUCACAUUCAUCUUCUUGCCACUGACUUUUCUGGUUGGCUUCUUCGGGAUGAACGUGGACGUGUUUGGUGACAACCCGCCUUUGAAAUGGCAAGGCAUUUCAUUUUAUCCCAGCUUCUGUACUACUGCUAAAACGUGAAGGUAUUUCAUCGCUGCAUUUCCAUUCCUCAUAUGCAUCAUAAUCUUAUGGCUGCUCUUCAAACAUUUCAUGACCAGGUAUGGUUCAUUCAGAGAACUGGUCAGCUCAGUCCUAUCAUGGGUAAUCAUACUGCCUCGUGGGUACACUCUCUCGGUUCAAGAACGCGGGUGGGGAGCCAGAACUAAGAGC